AUGACCAUUGAGUCAUCUAUAACUCUCAAGCAACUUUUAGACACAACAACCGAUUGCUUACACGAGUUAUCAAAUCUAGGGGUUCAAGUGGACGCUUGGGAUAUUAUUGUUAUUUAUUUGAUUGGCUCCAAGUUGGACGUUGAGACUAGGAAGCAGUGGGAACUCCAGGUUAGUCAAUCUUGCGAUGAACUUCCUAGCUUCAAAACUUUUCGGGACUUCUUGGAAAAACGUUUUCGAGCUCUUGAAUUUUUAGAACCACAGAGUAGCAAGUCCAGUAGCAGUACUAAAGCAUUGCAUGUAGUUUCAAAAAUAUCCUGUCCACUUUGUUCUGAAGAGCAUCUCUUGUGCCGUUGUAAGAGGAAGCAUCACACUCUUUUGCACAAAAAAUUCGAUCCUAAUACGGAGGCGGACUCUUCCGCGCCCGUCACCAGUGCUAAUAAGGAACCACCACAGAACGAGUCCAAGGCUGAACCUCAUAUUUCAACCCAUUUCGCGAAAAAUGUACGUAGUCAGGUUUUACUAGCUACCGCCGUUGUUAAGGCUAGGUCGAGAAAUGGGUAUUCUCAAGUUUUGAGAGCCUUAUUAGACCAAGGCUCUCAAGCUUCCUUUAUAACAGAAUCUGCAGUUCAGUUAUUGAAGUUAAAAAAAAUGGCCGUUAAAACUACUAUUUCAGGAUUGGGGGGAGGUCAUAGCGACCUGACUUCAAAAUACAUGGUUCAAGUUAACAUUCAAUCUUUAAUUGAUCCUAACUUCAAUUUUCAAAUAAAAGCUUAUGUGCUGAGUAGGGUAACUUCUAUUUUACCAGAAAGGAAGUUUACUUUGGUGGAUUGGCCAGAACUUCAUAGUGUUGAGUUGGCUGACCCAAAUUUCAAUAAGCCCAGCAAAAUUGAUAUUUUGCUAGGUUCAGAAGCCUAUACUAAAAUUUUAAAAGAAGGCUUAAUUAAGGACCCUAGAGGUAAAACAAUGGCUCAAGAUACUUACCUUGGUUGGAUAGUAUCAGGAGAAGUCGAGGAUGAAUGGCAGUCGCAUCAUAAGUUAACUAUUAGCAUGCAUGCAAAGGUCGAAACAGAUCAAAUCCUAAAAAGAUUUUGGGAGUUAGAGGCAGAGCCAACAAACUCUGAAUCAUCAAUACUUAGUCCUGAAGAACAAGCAUGCGAAGAUUACUUCGCUGCCACAACGCGCAGGGAUGAAAAUGGACGCUACAUUGUAAAGCUGCCAUUUCGGUCAAAAAUGGACAAGUAA